AUGCUUGGUAUGUGUUAUUGGUCUUAUGGGUCUUUAAUUAUAUCCCUUUCGGGCGUGGACUACAGCUACUUCAGAGAGCAUUUUCAUGACCUUUUUGGCCUCCUCAUUGGAACUCAAUCCGAAUGCGCUAAUCGACUUGUUUUCUACCAUGCUCCGCGUCGCAACUACCUACGGCGAUUAGCCUGGAUCCAGGAACUUUAG